CCACUUCCAACGGGACGCUGGAUGGCCUAGAGAACCGGGAAGGAGGGGUCUGCCAGACGCGCUCCAUGAAGAUUGUCAUGAAAGUGGGGCAGGAUCCGAAUGCAGUGGUCCCAGAGCAGCUGACGACGAGUCGGCCGAGCAAAGAGUCAGACAACACCAUGAAAAUUGUCACACAGAGCCCGCGCAGCAAGGGCCCCGCGGUCGAGGAGCCCGGCAAACCAGGCUCCGUCAACCAGGAUGGUCAGGAGACCCAAGGUCCCAGCGACAGCUUCUUGAGCUCCAAGGUGGCCGUCUUUGCGGCGAUUGGCGCCGGCUGCGUCAUCUUCAUCCUCAUCAUCAUCUUUCUUGUCGUCCUCCUGAUCAAGAUCCGCAAGCGGCACCGGAAGCACACGCAGCAGCGAGCCGCAGCCUUGUCCCUCAGCACCUUGGCCAGCCCAAAAUGCAGCGGCAAUGCAGGCUCUGAGCCCAGCGACAUCAUCAUCCCCUUACGGACUACAGAGAACAACUACUGCCCGCACUAUGAGAAGGUGAGCGGGGACUACGGGCACCCUGUCUACAUUGUCCAGGAGAUGCCCCCCCAGAGCCCAGCCAACAUUUACUACAAGGUGUGA